CCGAUCGUUCGCCGUUUUUUAUGCAUGCACUCUUGCGCCCGAGCUGUCAAACGCGGCCGAUGGUGUAACUUUCUAGCGACACCCCGUCCGCUGCAUCACUCUGUGCAAUAUUUACCAUUCAUUGUUCGUCCGUCGGUCAGCUAUUGCGCCUCUCAACCAGGCAAGGUGAUACGCUGCCGCUAGCACUGUGCACUCUACGCUGCAACUGCGGGUCGGUGGGAAUCAGAGGCAAAGGGUUCGGUGGAGCAAAGCGAAGGAACGAAGAAAAAAGUCACGACAAGAACGCCGAGUUCCUCCUCCGAGUGACCGCUCACCGAGAGGGCGUGCGAAGCGUGGUAGUACGAUGGUGUGGAAGCAAUAGAAAUUCGUUCGAUGCGUACGGAAAGGGCAAAAUCAUCGCAAAUGUCAAAGUGAGGCGAAAGCGUAUCGCACUUUUUUUUUCCUCCCCGCACAUCCCUGCACGACGUACACAGAUUUGUCGAGUGAAUUGUGGCAAACGCGAGGCAAACGGCACCGCAGAUUAGAUUAGAGCGAAUCCGAUUCCCACCGCAGGGUGUGAAGGAAAUUUUCUAGCGUUGUUUCUAAACCGUUCUGCCUGUGUGUGUAUGUGUGUGUGUGGUGUGGUGCUUUGUAAGGAGGUGCCUGUUUGAGAAAUUCUCUUUGUUUCUGUCCUUGCCUACUGUCUGCCUGCCUGCUGCUUGCACGUACGAAACGAAACGCAAGCAAACGAGUGUGCGACGUGAGAGGGCAGUCAGUGGUGGUGGUGCUGGUGGCCACGACAGUGUGUGCAAGCGGGUGCCAGUAAAUUAGUGGCAAACGAGAGGGGGAGUGUGUGUGUGUGUGUGUGAAAGGAGCGAGAAAGAGAGAGUGAGAGAGAGAGCGGGGCAGGGAUUGCACCAACACACCGAGCAGCGGCCGCAAGUGCAAUUUUUUCUUCGUGUGUGCGCAACACUCAACGCUCGCGUACACAAUCCGGAAGUUCGCGAUGGAUGGUGAAUCGGAAAAACAGCCGCUCCUGAAGCAAGCAGCACAGCAACAGUCGCAGGAAUCAGGAUCAGUGCAGCCGGUCGUGAAUGCAUCCCCGAUCGGGCCGGACGAGGUACCACCGUCGUAUCAGCAGGAGCAACAGAAUAGUAUUAUCGUGACGUGCCGCGUGUGCCAGGCACUGAUCGACAUCUCCUGGAAGAAGGAACAGCACGUCGUCAAGUGUCUGCAGUGCAACGAAGCGACGCCCAUUCGAAAUGCACCGGCCGGCAAGAAGUACGUACGAUGCCCGUGCAACUGUCUGUUGAUUUGCAAGAGCUCUUCCCAGCGGGUGGCCUGCCCGCGGCCCAACUGCAAACGCAUCAUCAAUCUGGCCCCGAGCCCGGUCACGCCGCCGCUGCUCCCAAUGCCCGGCAUGUGCCGCGUUACCUGCGGCCACUGUCACGACACGUUCUUGUUUGAUACGCUGAAGAACAAUCUGGCGAGAUGCCCGCACUGUCGCAAGGUGUCGUCGGUCGGGGCCGACUUUUGCCGCAAGCGACGCAAUCUACACUUCCUUGGUGGAAUUAUAUUUUUGGCAAUCGGUAUCGGCGUUACAUUCGCCACCUACACCUACGUGAGGGAUUAUGGUGGCAUAUUUGUGGCGUACAUCAGCCUUUAUCUCAUCUCCGUGCUGCUCUUCGCGAAGGCGCUCUACUACUGCUCGCUCAAGAUUAGCAACAUUGAUGGGCCGUUUACAACGGUCACUUCUUAAAACAGACUACCGUAAAGUGCAACACAUUCCUAACAUGAGCAAGCAGCAAACGCCGGCGGCGGCGUCUUUUGCAGCGCAGCCCGUGCGUGUGCGUUUCGCUAUAGAGUCGAUGGAUGCGCAUUAGCAUUAGCACGGUGUGAUAAAAGCGGUAGAUAACAAUACAAUACAGUGGCGUGUGUGUGUGAAGAAACAGUUUGGAAAAGCAGCUCCAUUGGAGGAAUGAGUGCAGGAAGAGAUUGUUGCCACCAAACGGAAGGAAACAAAGCCCGUCGCGCAUGCGCAGAUCGGACCAAAAUUUACAGUUUGCGAGCAAACUAGAAGAGAUUAGUAAAGGGAGCACUGGCUAAAAAGACCGAUCAAAUAUGCAGCACAGUUGCAAAUGGGGGGAGGGAAAAAGAUGAAUCAAAAUUACGUAGAACAUUUGGUGGAGCCCCGGGUUUGUGCCCACCCUCCGGGGUCCAGGUUAACUAUUUAGAUUGAUAGAG